CAACAUAAGGAGGAAAAGAAAGCUACAUUUCAGUGACUUGCACGCAUCAGUUAAUCAUUGGUUGACAUAGGUGUACUAUCUAUGACACUGAUUGACAUGGAAUUAUGGAAAACGGUGCCGCUUUUGUCCAUUGCAUUUAGAAGUUUCCUUUACUUAGACUUUGUUUACGAGUAGGGUAUACCUUUUAAAGAUUCACGUAGCGCGUAAGUUUGGAAAUAAUGGCCGUUGACAAUGCGACGGUUGUUUAUUUUUCAGAACAAGUAGUUAUUUUGAUUUCGUGUGGACUAUCUUUUUUGGGUUCUUUACUGAUAAUCUGUACGUACAUACUUUGGCCAGAUUUGAGGAGUACACCGAGAAAACUUUUAGUGUUUUUGUCAGUAUCUGAUUUUUUGUCUGCCUCCUCGUAUGCAUAUGGAGUUUGGAUGGUUUUUAAAUCGGACUCUGUGGAUUGUGUUGUUCAAGGAGCAAUAUCCACUUUUGCCAACACUUGUUCUUUUUUCUGGACAGUCGCGAUCGCCAUUUAUCUGUAUAUUUUCCUCGUCAAGUCGAACCGACGUCUAGCCGACAGCUGGGUGCUGUACUUUCACGUUGUCAGCUGGGGAAUCCCUCUAGGUAUCACCAUAGCGGCUGUGGCGCUGGGCCGGAUCGGCUACGACGCGUCGGAGGUGUCCGUGGGCUGGUGCUGGGUGAGGAUCCAGGCUACGGACCACGUACUCUGGAUACUGCUCACUGGGAAGAUAUGGGAGUUCCUGGCGUACCUCAUCCUCCCCAUUCUCUACAUCCUUAUCAAGAAGCACAUACACAGAGCGCAUGCGGCUUUGUCUGAGUACCGACCCAUCCUGGCCAGAAAUCCUCAGUCCCAGUCCCCGUCCAGCAUGGCAGACCUGAAGUUGACCUUCAUCCCCAUCAUCUUCAUCUCUCUGCGUAUCUGGAGCACCAUACGAUUCCUGCUGAUGUUGGUCAACUCCCCUGUCAGGCAGAACCCUGUGCUGGUCACCUUGCAUGGUAUCGGGAACACCUUCCAGGGGGCGGCCAAUUGCAUCAUGUUCGUGCUCUUCACCCAGCCAAUACGCUCCAGGCUCAUGACCCUGCUCUGCUUCUGCUGCCACCCCUCCAGGGACACGGCAGGGGAUGGGCACGCCCCAUCCCAAAGGGGCCAGGGUGCCGAGACCCCCUUUCUGGCAGAGGACACCCCCUGACACCACCACCCGGGGCCUGGUGGAGGGCUGCCGAUGCCGGAACGGACAGACGAGCCAAGCGGUGCCCUUUGCUAAUUCUUCAGCAUAGAUGCUCGGUACCGCGCCGGAAGACUGGCAGUAUCCAAGCCGGCGCGGUACCGUCAUAAGGACCGGCCCGUUAAUGGACUCGGGAGGGGGGGAAGAUUUAGAACGGCCUUUCGUGCUGCAGUCCGUUCAUUACCUCGAGUGGCCACGGCCUGGGAGGAGGGUCGCACGUUCUGCAGGCACAUGCAGAUGGACCGGCCACACAUGCACUUAAGCUGAUGGGGAAAUGAAGCAUCAGGCAGCUGAUAACCUGCUGCGGUCAGUCCCUGGCAGCGAACUCGCCGCAAGGACGCUCAGAGAAUCAUUCUUCUGGGGUAGUGGUACAGUGAAGGUUUUUAAACAGAGGACGUACCAAUACUAUAAUUAAAGGAUAUAUAACGGACGUCCCAAAUGCCUCCCUAUUCCGUACGACUCUAAGAGGGGAAUAGGGUGCCAUUUGGAAAACCUGCCGAUGUUUUUGUCUGAAGGGAUUUUUCAAGGCAGCGUCGUUUCAUUUUUUUAACAUGUCAUUGUUUUCCCUUGUUUGUUUUUUUUGUGUGUGUGUUUUAAGGAAGACGCAGAAGCUUUACAGUGUUAUUUAGAAUGUUUGUUUAUUUUUUUAUGUUGCCUCAUGUAAUUACACCCCUGUUAACCAUGUACCUCAAGUUAACCCUAAAAGUGACAACGGGUUACACUUUAUAACUAACGGCAAAUGUUCAUAACUUGGCUAUGAACGAAAUUGAUCAAAAUAAAUGUUCAGAAAAUGAAAAGAAUACAAAAAUAAAUCUGACUGUGAAUUUACUAUGAAUGAGUGUCUUUUGUUGAAGUAAAUGCUUAUAUUAGUGAAUUACAAAUAAUGGGAAAGUAAACUUUACUUGGUGUUAAAGACCCCUGUUGGGGCUUUUAUGGCAAAAAAACUAAUAGAAACUAAAUAGAAAAAAUUGCACCAUAACUCAAACCUAUUCGGUUUACUAAAGCCAAAAUCUAUUUACUAAACAUUGGCUACACAAAAUCUGAGUUGUUAAAAGUUUCACUAAAGCCUGUUAGGGGAAAGUACAGUUGUGCCUUCUCUAAACAGUAUAUUCUGUAUUCACACUAAUCUCUUCAUUCUACUUCAAAAAAUGUGUUGAAAAUGUCAAACAAACCUGAAUAAAUUAAUGUAACAUUA